AUGAACGCCGCGAACUUCGACCAGUACGGUCUACUUUCGCAUUCAGUGGCGAACGCCUCGCAUCAGCAUCACGCAGGAUCGCAUCAACACCAGCACCAUCAACAACCACAUCACCAACAUGCCGCUUUCAAUCCGGCGUUGGGCCACGCCGGCCAGGGCGACGACAUCUUCAUCGCUCGACAGACAAUGUUCGACGCGGUGAGCCGACUGUCUGCGCAGCUUCGCCAUGCUGCCGACUCGUGCGACGCGUUUGUCAAGGUGGUAGCACGCCAGAAUCCCAAUGUCGCAGCGCUCGUGCUGGCACAGCAGGGCAACGUAUCGAGCGCGGGCAGCGCAGCAGGUGUUCCCAACACGUUUGACUUCCUCAACAUUGCGAACGGCGCGCAUCAGGGCGUGGCUGCUACGCCCGGAGCCGAUACGGCGGCAGCGGCAGCCACAGCCGGCGCCAACGGCAAGGCAGCCAAGAAGAUGAGCAAGCUGCAAAAGCGCAAGGAGAAGCGUCUGCGCGAUCCGGAUGCACCCAAGCGCCCACCGAGCGCCUACCUUCUGUUCCAGAACGAGGUGCGUGAGGAGAUCCGCAAAAAACACCCUGGCAUGCCCUACUCGGAGGUGCUCGGCAAGGUCUCGGAGGCGUGGAAGGCGCUCACAGAUGAGCAGCGACGCGUAUAUCAGGACAAGACGACAGAGAACAUGGCGACAUGGAACCAGCAGAAGAAGGACCACGAGGCCACCAUGGCUCAACCCACGCCUCUCGAGCAGUGA